AUGGAGAUAGCCUUCUCCAUGAUCCACCGAGUUAUUGGAAAUUCAUGCUGCAAUUACUGUGCUCAAACUGACAUAACUGUUGGAUCUUCUCUAACUGCCGUGAAUGGCAACUCUUCAUGGCUUUCUCCUUCUGGAGACUUCGCUUUUGGCUUUCGAUCGUUAUACAAUGGCAACAACGCUAAGGAUGAGCGACUCUUCUUGCUUUCCAUUUGGUACAACAAGAUACCUUCGAAAACAGUCGUCUGGUUUGCGAAUGGUGAUCGUCCUGCACCUGAAAAUUCGAAACUAGCGCUCACUUCCAACCUGGGGCUCGUCCUCACCAAUUCUCAAGGCGAGGAAUUGUGGAAAUUGGAGAACAUUCUCGGUGAUGUCUCCCACGCCAUUUUUAAUGACACAGAGGAAAUCUUCUCCAGAGGGAAAUUCCAGCUUGGGAUGCUCGGCAGCGGAGACCUCGUGCUCAACACGAUAAACCUGCCUUCCAGUUAUGCUAACGAUGCGUACUCCAUCACCAAAACUGCCGGCGAUUCGAACGGAUCGGCCUCGUCGGGGAAAGAACUCGUGUUUAGCAACUCGGGAUCUCUGUUUGUUUCGAAGGAAAAUGGCGGGGAAGUUAACCUCUCACAGGAGAAGGUGCCUUUGGCGGCGGAUUUUUAUCUCCGAGUGACGUUGGACUUCGAUGGGGUUUUGACCCAGUAUUACCACCCCAGGAACUCAAGUACCGACGGAAGCUGGAGCAUCCUCUGGACCCAACCCGAAAACAUAUGCUCCGCCGUCGUUUCUCAAGGCGGCAAUGGACGUGAAUGGGGCAUCUCCAUUUAUGAAACUUCCACCAAAGCACAGAAACACAUGAGGGCCCGGUAG